AUGAACUCCUUAUUAUACUCACUUCUUGUGGCCUGUGUGGUGAUCGCUGUUGUACACGGACAGUGGUACGGAUCAUACGGACGAGGAGGAUGGGGAAGUAAUUAUGGAGGAUACGGACUCGGAGGUGGAUAUUACGGGGGUGGAUCUCUCGGUGGCGGAUAUUAUGACGGGUGGAAUGGUGGAAUCGGAGGCGGAUUCAUUGGUGUGGGGCGCGGAGGUACAUCGCCAAUAAUGAACUCCUUAUUAUACUCACUUCUGGUGGCCUGUGUGGUGAUCGCUGUUGUACACGAACAGUGGUACGGAUCAUACGGAAGAGGAGGAUGGGGAGGUAAUUACGGAGGAUACGGACUCGGAGGUGGAUAUUACGGGGGUGGAUCUCUCGGUGGUGGAUAUUAUGACGGGUGGAAUGGUGGAAUCGGAGGUGGAUUCAUUGGUGUGGGGUGCGGAGGCUUUGGAAGAAGAUCUUAUUACUAA